AUGCAUGCAGGCACGAGUGAUGAGUCGUGAGUGUCAGAACGCUCGCGACUCUGGACGACUAGGAGCUGCUACUGCACUCACACUCCUUUGUUUCCAGACCUCCUCUUAACUACAUCGAUGUCCAGCCGGCAUGCAUAUAAAGUCACGCUUCGCCCUCCAUCUUGUUGCCUCACAGCUUUCACCUUACCCACCACUUAGUCAGGACGCUUUCUUUCGCUUCACAGUCUAGAAGGUGUAGUGGCGGCCCCCACGAUUCGGAAUUUCUUGUCUUGAGCUAGCUCCGACUCAGCAUCCGCAUCCACUUGGCCUUCUUGCAGAAAUGGCAGGCGCAUCCUGUGCACAAGUGCCGACAGAGAUUUGGAGCCUCAUACUGAGAGAAAUGGAUUUGGAGACGGUAUUCGAUGUUCGCAAGGUUUCCAAAUGGCUCAGAAAUUUGGUCGACAGCCAAGAAGACGUUUGGCGUAGGAUUGCGCAUCAAUGGGGACUCGUUCGCGACAUCGACUCGCCUUUGCCGAUAUCCUUUCCUGCGCAUAUCGAUCAGCCCGACAUGCCCGCACUCAAAAGCGCCACCGGAUACUACAGCGAAAUCUUGUCAUUCAAACACAUGUGCUUCCUGCACGCCCGUCUUUCCAGAUCUUGGACCACCCCAAAAACCUUUCACAAAUGGUGCGACUCCAAGGCACAGCAGCAUGCGACGCCAUGGGGCGCCCUAUCGACGACAUCGCACAAACAAUUCAAAAAUUUCCUGGGUACGGACAGAUGUGGUGUCUUGCGCUUCUCCGAAUUCGACUUUCGGGACGACAAGUCGGGCCCACUUUACAGACAACAGCACUUAGAUGUCCUUGGCUUCCUCAGUGCAGGCGCUAGCUCGAAGUGCGCGGGUACGACGCUCAAAGACGGGCCACGUGUAAAGGACUUUAAACACUACCGCUUUGACGGCAUCUGGGCGGUUCGUUCUGACAUGGAGGGUGCUAUGGGGUCGCCAGAAUCGUUUUGUGUUCUUCAAGGUUGCAAGAUCGUCGACGGUGGAUUUGAGCUUCUAGCCUCACUGCGUGUAACACUGCACGAUGGAUAUCUACGAAUGCGCGAUCGCUCUCUAGUGCCACCUUUCUUGAACGGACACACCUGCAUCAUUGUCAAGGGAUACUAUCCCGGUAGAGCCUUCGAUUCAAGGCAGCAGAACGUGGACUCUAUUUUCAUUUGGGACUUUCUACUAGACCAGGUGAAAGAGGUGCAUGUUCCCAUAGAUGGAAUGCCCCUACACGCUUGCUAUGAUGCCAGUGCCCAGCUUCUGCUUCUCUCACGAGAGGAAGUUGGUGUGAGUGCCUACAGCACGGCGGCCCAAGACUCAGACGUGCAAGGGAAAAGUCUAGUCACGUCUCCGUUGCGGCACGCACAAGUAUUUGUGGGUACCAUUUACCCCGUAGACGACGGUGAAGGACUUAAGCAUCACGCUCUGCGGCUCGAUUGGAGGAAGACCGAUACGGUGUGCCUAGGAUUGGAGGAUAUCUGGCGCCCGUGAGUUCAAGAGCGUGACCACGGUCACUACCAAGGUCAUCGAGACACUUACCCACGAGCGUCCAUUCAUUGACCGCCACCUUUUGCAGGAGCGUCGAUGAAUUCUUCAAGAAGCGGGAGGUACGUCCGAUUCUGCACGCUGCCUUGCCACAAGCGUUGAGACUCUCAUGCUCGAUUGAGCCUGCAGUGCGGCAAACCUACUGAAAUUUGCAGCGGAAGAAGCUUGAAAUAUAAUUCAUCCGCAGCUUUCCAUGGCAAGAUGCACAUCGACGACAGUACGGACACUCUUGUACUGACCAAGCACUGGGGAAUGAUCCUAGUGAGGCCCUUCAGUAAGCUUCACAACCGCGACAGGUCUUGUCCUUUGCAAGUGGGACUCUUGCACUAUCACUCCACUGCCAAACACGACCGUGGCUACUUUCAUUGGAUCGGACCCUCCGGAGGCUUUGCAGCAUCGAAGAAUGGACGUCUAUGUCACGCAAUGUUGUUGAAAGAUCGAAGUUUCAACGCACAGGUGCACGUUUUCGUGAUCGACCUAGACGCCUUUCGGCUUUUGGCUCGUCGCAAGGCGAGCAAGGAUUUAUUUGACAAUGUCCGCGUCUUUCACUUGCAGCAAACGCGCAUGUCGGAGAUCGAACCUCGUCUCGCGGUCGAGCCGAGUAUGGAUCAGCCUCAGCUUGAAGGUCCUGUCUCUAUGAAAUUGUACUCGCUUCGCUCAGUCUACCUGGAUGCGACGACAGUAUACGUACAGGACUCUGACCACAACUUGUAUUACAUGGAUUUCGGUCUGGCGGUCGCGACCGACACGAAGAGCUCUGCUUGGACGCUCGAGGAAGACAAUUAG